AUGGAAAUAAUAUCAUUAAAUAGCUUGGGUAGUAUAGAAAUAAAGAAAAAGCUACUUGAUAUAAUAAGAAAAGUUAUAGAAAAAAACACUUGGACUCAAUCUCAUGCUGCGGAAAGAUUAGGUAUUGAUCAACCAAAAGUGUCGCAGAUUAAAAAUGGUAAAAUAGAUGGAUUCUCUUUAGAGAGGUUACUAGUAUUUCUUAAAAAGCUCAACCAUAAAAUAACUAUCACAAUAGCGGAAGGUCAAGCAUCAGAAUCUGAGGAAAAGAAAUUUAAGCAGGAAGCUGGGCAUUAA